AUGCCGCCGUCUCGAAAACGCCGUGCGGUCGACAACGACUCCGCGGACGAGUACUCGCAAGCACCACCGGGCCCCUCGCAGCACCGCCGGGCGGCCGCUGCUUCGCCCGCAGACGAUGACGGCGACGACGACGUCCUGAUCGACUCGGAGCUGGGCACCACGGCCCUGCAGGUCAAGAAGAUGGUGCGGCUGGCGCUGGCCAGCGAGUACGCGCGCCUGCCCAUCCGCCGCGCCGACCUGAGCUCCAAGGUCCUCGGCGAGCGGUCGCGCGCCUUCAAGCCCGUGUUCGCCGGCGCCCAGAAGGCCCUGGCCGACGUGUUUGGCAUGCAGAUGACCGAGCAGCCGCUGAAGGAGAAGUUCUCCAUCAGCCAGCGCCGAGCCGCCCAACGCGUCGAAAAACCCUCCACCACCUCCAAAUCCUGGACGCUCAUCUCCACGCUGCCCGCCGCCUACCGCGCCGCAGCGAUCCUGCCGCCCAACCGCGCGCCCAGCGCCGCGCUGGAGAGCAGCUACGUCGCGCUGUACUCGUUCGUGGUGGCGCUGGUGACGCUGAGCGGCGGCGCGAUGGCGGAGCAGAAGCUGGACCGCUACCUGCGGCGCGUGGGCGCCGACGCGUACACGCCCGUCGACCGCACCGACCGCCUGCUCGCCCGCAUGUGCCGCGACGGCUACCUCGUGCGCAACCGCGACGUCGACGCCGGCGAGGAGAUCGUCGACUACCAUGUCGGCCCGCGUGGCAAGGUCGAGGUCGGCGCCCAUGGCGUCGCCGGCUUGGCGAGGGUGGUCUAUGGCUUCGGCGCUACCAGUAGGAGAGGGAGGCCGGAGGGGGAGCGGGAGGAUGCGGCAGCUGAAGAGGAGGAGUUUGAGCAGAAGCUGCGUCGGAGUCUGGGCGUGUCGAGCGUCGGUCGGUUGAGGAGGGAGGGGGAGGAGGAGGCGGAGGGAGAGGCGAGCACGUCAAAUCGGCCUGGGAGGCCGGCCAGGGGGGGUAGGGCUGUGCUUGACGUCGACGAUGAUGAUGAUUAG